CUCCAAUGUUCCGCUUAUUUUUUCAGUUUUCCGCUUCAUCCGAAGCGAUAUCCGUAUGUAGUAGUAUGGCGAGCCGUGUGUACUUCUAUAUCUAGUAUUUGUUUUUGUAGUAGGUCGAAAUAGAGUUAGACCCGCGAUAUUCGAAUCUUUAUGAGGAUCCAUCGGGUGCCCCCACCGAUGGGAAAGUAUUGCGGCAUGUCGGUGGUAGCCGUAGCUUGCUAUUGACCAUACCAUUCCCCAUGUUGUUUCUGAUAAAAAUUCAAAUGCUGUAAAAAACAGACUUAUAUAUAAUCUAAACUGCACUUAGUACUACACAGCGAGUGCGGAGCCUGGAAGAAAAAAUGGGGUUGACGGGCACGGCGACAUCCAGCAAAGAUCGCUGUCAGCGGCCAUCAAAACGCGCAGGCAGCGAGAGAAGUACCAGCUCUGCAUCAUCCACCACUUCCAGUAGCAGCAAUAUCCAAAAUAGACGGGGCCACUCCUCAAAGUAUGUAUAGUGUGGCCAGGCCAUGGAUGCAUACAGUGCAUUUUUCUUCUCGUGUAAAAGAGUACUUAGCAGUAGCACUAGACGCUUCUAUGCGCUUUUUGGAUUUGCGUGUUAUUCUUUCUUCAGUUGGUAUAUUUAUGUAUUUAUAGAUUCGGGAUGGCUCUGUUUGUUGCUCAGGAUAGGCCGUAGCUCAUCAGCGACGUCUACUUCCUCCUCGUCUACUUCUGCCUCCGACUCCUCGACCUCGCGCUCGUCUGCUGCCCAGAACAGGACGAGCUUCGAUCAGCAAGGCGCGCCGUCGCGGCGGCACGGCUGCCGCAAGCCGGCACGGAUGCCUGCUGAAAGUCCUGCGCAUCUUCAAUCUCAACGGCCUAAAGAAGACCAGGAUCACCGGGCUACAGUUGGGACGGGGGGUGCUGACACGGGUAGAAGUAGAAACAGAGCGCGAAGAAGACCGCCCGCAGCUGCGGCUAGCGGUCGCGACCACCACACUGCAGAGAACGCUGAUCCUGCGUCUUUGCGUUCCACCGUCGGCACCUCCAGUUCCGAUUCAUCUAGCAGCUCAUCCGAGGGAGCCGGGGAGGGGAGCAGGUCAUGGAGCAAGUUGCGCCGGGCGUGCAACGACAAAGUUUGGUGGGAUAAGAAGUUACGAAAUUGAGAAAAAGAAGGCGCUUUUUGCUCAAUGUAGAUCCUACUUACUUUGCAUGGGAAACUUUGGUGGCGCAACCGUCAAGGUUGAGGUCGACCAAAGUUCACGGACGAUUCACAGUAAAGUGAGAAGCGGGCUGCUUUUCUAAUCGCCAAUGUUGCGUUUUUUUGAAUCUUCAGCCUUGCAAAGUCCGGGAUCAAGUAGAGAGUGGUAGUUCGUCAAUAAUUUUCGAACGACUUUGCGCCCUUAGAAUCAACUGUCAACAACAGUAGCUGCAAAGAAGUGUCUAUCUUCUCCUUUCAUAUCAUCGAAAGGCCUUGACAUUCAAGUACGCGAGCGAGGCGGUGCACCUGGGAGACAGUUGGGUGGAGCUCAUUAUGCGUGUAGGUGGCACGCAGCCCGAAAACGGCAAGGAGUUCUUUGCGAACCGCUGCUUGCGAAUGCUCGACGCUGCGCGGAAGCGAGUUUUUCCGCUACGUAGCAGCUGCAGCGCCUCCGGCCGCCGGCAAACCGGCCACGUGCCUCGACGCGCGGGAACCCGGGACCGAAGGCGGGAAGGCCGCCCGGCUGGUGGGCUUUCGACCUCGUCUGAUCCCGACGCAGUGCCUCUUUCCGGAUCCGAAACAUCAGUCGGCCACCGCAGCAUCACGGAAGCGCGCCGGCAGCGUCAGCUCUUUGCGCACCGGGAACCAAAGCACGGCAAUGGCACGAUACAGGCGAGGACAGACGGGAAGGACACUAGGGGGCGCGGUGCAAACACGCGGAACAUGGCCGGUAUAUUGUCCCGCCGCAAGCCCUGUGAGCCGCGAUCGAGUGAGGGCGCAUCAGAAUCUUCGUCGUCUUCCUCCGCUUCUCGCCCCCGGCAAGAGAGGCAAAUGAGAGCUUCGCGGCCCCGCGGUGCGCGUCACUUGAUGUCCACGGGCGGGGCAAACAAACGCAGCGUCAUGGCCACAGGUGGAGCGAAAACCUUUUCGCAGGAGAGCCACUCGGGGUCAUCUUCGGUCGCGAGCUUAAGCAAGAGCAGUACAUCCUCCCACUCGCGGCAAAGCCGUUCCUCCGGGGUUCCCCGAAAAAGCCCGCAUACCACGAGCACCACCAAGUGCUGUCUAUCAAAAUGAAAAAGCAUGAAGUUUGUGCCGCAGCUGUCUAUGUUUUGGUGUUCUUGUUAGAUCAUGGAGUACAAUGACUGGAUGAUGAUGAAGUAUCCAGAACAUGAACGCAUCAGUGCGAAAGCACGACUCGCGUUUGCGGUUUUAAUUUCGAUAACAUCCAGAGCGCACUGGUGGCGAGGAUGUGAGUCGAAAGGCAUCGGAAAAGGACUCACCGGAGCGCGCCGGCGAGGGCCGUGGCGAGCCAAGCGAGAAUGCGCCAGCCUUGUCCGCGGAGAUCGAUGGCGGCCGCGCUGCUGGGGCCGGUCGAGCUACGCGGAAGAAACGGUCCGCGGCCUCACGAGCAAACUCGAUUCCCAGCGGCAGCGGCAGUCGAGACGCCGACGCGAAGGAGUAUUAAGCACGACAGUAAAUUGAUUAUUAUGCCUGCUUCAUCCCUGUAGUGGAGUCGCUUCAAUACAGAAAAUUACUACAAGCCUGUACAAACAUGAUGCAACUACUCAUGUCCUUAGUUUCACUGCUUCUAUGCAGCUUUUUCUUGGUCUUCAGCUUUCAAUUCUAUGUCCCUGGAUGUUUGGAACGUUUCGUGAUAAAAGCAGCCACUGGCUAGGGCUACUUAAACUGUGUUCAAACUAAGGCAUAGUUUUUGGUCAAACGCAAAUGCACAUAUACAUAGACUACUUAUGUGCAACAACUCAACGCAAUUGGCAGGAGCGUCUCCCUGCGUCAGGGCAGCGAGCGAGUACGACGUUCCCACAGCACUGUGCCCGAUUCUUGUCCAAGCUCUUUCGAAUUCCGCAAAUGCCAGGAUUAUCGAUCGGAAUGGCGGAGCCGCCGACAAUGCAUGAUGGACGCAGAAUUCGAUCUUCAGCAGGAACGUGACGCGUACCAAUCUUUUUCUGACUUUUCCUCAUUCUACAGUCUACCACAGCCGACUCUCUUCCUCCACCGAGCUUGCAAGCUCGUGGCUCGCCACCCACACCGACAACGAAUAUUAUGGCGUGUCGUAUUCUCGCUGUUUUCCCAUGCACCAUGGACGUGGGGUGAGCACGACAUGAAUUUGCAUUCAGACGAACCUGUCAUGGGUUCUUGCCGUUUCCCGAAAAAUGCAUUUACUAAGAAAAGUCGGCUGGGCUGAUGUUUGCAUUGAUUGCGGAAGUCCUGCCCAAUCUGAAUGAGGUUGUGGCUCAAGAAUAAAGAAAAAACAUAAAACGGCAGGCACCGGCGCGAGCAUGGAAGGCUGCGGGACCACCAAGAAAUCCUUCAGGCGGCCUGGAAACGGGAGGAGGACGCGUCAGAGCGAUCUGCCCUGACACAUCAGAUUCGCGAGGUGCAGAGUAUCGCUUGCGUAUCGGUCUGGCUCUGCACGCCCGCGAAACUGUUUUCUGGGUCAACGGCUGACACCGCGAUGAAAGAACAGCAUGAGCAUGCCGCUGCAGAGCGUGGCCAAGGGAAGAGUGGCGGGAGCCUUCCCGACACUUGUGUGUUGCCUGGUCGUAAUUGCUCACGACCAAAAAAUGCCGGAUGCGAUUUAUUGCCGUGCAUGAUUGCGCAUGACGUUGCGUCGAAGGUUGUAGCUACCAGAGCGCGCAACUACCCCGAACCAUGCCCCGUGGCACUGAAAUUUUUCGCGGAAGUGCUGGGGUGCUGCGUCAGGGAUAUCUACUUGCAGAGCCAGACAUCAUAUUUGCAUUGCAUACGUGCCGAGCUUCUGCGAUUGCCCCUCCAGCACGAGGACCGCAUGUUUGAGCUGCGCAAAAAGCAACGAAGUGCGCAGCAGGCGUAUCAAUUUGCUCACGACAACUUCGUAUCGAAUGCAAAUGUGGUGCCUUGGGCUGCUCGCUGUGAUGAGAGCGGUUGCAGGUAUUAACACGAAUAUCAUUAAAGACGACUGUCGUCGCGAAAGACGAUCAAGAACUUCAGCCCGUUUGGAUUUAUUUACUACGUUUGAAUACAUGCGUACUCUACCUAGUUAGAAAAGACGAGCAGAAUUGCUCGCUAGGCCACGCUUGCUGGCUUGCUUACAUGAGAACCCAACUGCGAACUUUUUUCAAAUCGUUACAACACAGCUGAGAGUCCUCGUGCUCCUGACUGUUCAGUUUUUUGAGUUUCCACAGCCCUGCGUGCUUUCCAUUUGCACUGCAUACUUCGUUGACUUUCUUCGGAUCGCUGGCCACGAAUACCCCCGCGAAGAGGCCGAUCCGACCAGCCGCUGGGAUCAGUCCCCGUUGCCUCCUCCCGAGCGGAAGCCUCGCCCGGCGGACCACGAGCGCAUCCUCUCCCCGGAGUUUCAGGUGCCCGACCACCGUGAACCCGCGGCGGCGGAAGACGACUUCUACCAACACGAAACUGCGGCGACGGGCUCGGCCCUGAAAAGUCGUCGAAAGCAAGAGCCUUAUCUCUACAGCUUCUCGUCGCGCGACGACUUGGAUUUGGAGUGCGAGCUGCAACCACUGGACAGCCCCGGGGAGGAGCCUGGCGAAACCGAGCACGUGGCCGAGGAACUCGCCUGCGCGGACCGUCCGGAAAAACAGACGGACCACGAUGGAUGGAACGACUGGUGGUGGAAGAACGACCCGCCCCAACAAGGUUCGUCCGCGACCCCGAAUUGUGCUUGUCAAGAACAUUGGUUUUCAUUCUGAUGAAUGUUCCUAGUCCUUGCGAAAUUGAAUAUGCAAUAAUGAAGAUCGUUCGACUCUGCAGUUGGUUCUAGUGGUACUUCCACCCUCUCAAUUACAAGCAGGGCGCUCGACUCUCGGUCUUGCACAAGUGAUUCAUGUCAGUCUUUUUCGUGGUGGACAUGUACUGCUAGUUCGACUUAAAGAAACCACUUCAGACGCUUGCACAUGAUACUGGCGAGAGCGUUGGCCCUUGAGAGGAAACGACCCAGGGCCAAAUGCAGUAGCAUUGCAGGAGUGGUAUAUUACCAUAGAAGUCCUUACUGCAGAGCCCACAGCUGCGCACAACAUAUCAGGUGGUGAAGACGGGGACUACAAUAAGGAUGGCAACGGGGAACAGAAAUCCGACGCGUGGUGGUCUCGCGCGGAUCCUCCCUCGUGGAAUGAAGCUUGGAACGACAAGGAGCAGAGUUGGCUGCACGAACCUCAGACGCAUGCAGGGGCAGGUACUUACUUACAUACUAGGCCCUUAUGGAAACGUGAGCAUUCAAGCUGUUGCUUAUUCAGUGUGUUAAAAUAGUUCGCUCUUAUUGCAUGCUGCAUACGAAUAGAAGACUUUCAUCUUGAUUUCCAGUUAAUACGGCAACUUCGUGACACAAAAAUACAAACAGAAUCCAACUCCGCGGAAAUAAUCGCUGAAGACGUUCCACGUUCAGCACCACAAGAUGCUCCCUCGCACACUGAAAUAAAACCUCUGACAGUUCCCGCGGAACCUCCUCGGCAGGAGCAGGACGCGGGUGUACAAGAUUUCAAUAGCGCAGGGUCCAGGUGGAGCGCGGCGUUGCCAAGCUCCACAGUCGCGAAGGGAGCGCACGCUGGUACUUUGGGAACAAGCGGUAAUCGCGCGGGCACUGCCAGCUACAGUUACGGGAACAAAGGCCAGAAGAUGCACCCUUCCUCAUCCACAGGCGGUGGAAAAAACGGUCCGCAAAAUGCUGGAUCGAAGUUUUUAUAUCCCUGCGAGAUCUUGAGUGACAAAAAAUCUUUUGCAUAUGGCUAUACCUAGUGUACCAGAUCGAUAUUGUAAGAAGUUGUACUCGGUUCUGGAACAGCUACAUCUUCACACGAAAAAACGCAGGAAACGGAAAAGCCAAGCUCUAGCUUUUCCUUUUAGGCGGUACAUGCCCUCCACUAGAAGUACUUCGCGCAACAAAGCAUCACAUAAUAUUUUCUAAAUGGCUUUCGUUUCUGUCGAGAUUUUCUAAAGGGCUUUCGUUUCUUUCUGCCACUGACGCGGCGACUCUUCCUACAAAAUUGUGGAUUGGUGAACACUCAAAAUUUUGCUCUGAUGUUGACACUGUGUCCACUACUAAGGGUUCGCAAGAGACUUCCCGUGCGUCGUCGUCGUGGCGCGGCCCAACCUACCCGUCCGCCAAAGGCAGCUUCGGAUUUUCAAAAAGCUCCAGCAAAAGCAAGGGGAAGGGCGGAAAAAGCAAACCGGGGCCAGGUACUCGGAUGAUUUUUCAUGAUGGAAGACACAUUUUUCAUAAAAUUGAACUUUUAUCAUCGUAACUCAACAUAAUAAAGUGCUCGCCUGGGAAGAAAUAGAAAGCGUUUUUUCUUUGUGUGAAACAACGUGACCUGAGCAGGAGUCGGAGCGUUCGCUCUGGCGUUCGUUUCUUUAGGUAGAUCGUCACAAAUACACUCUUCAGUCGAUCCGAAAGCGCACCUCGACUGGUUACGGCGAUCACAGAAAAUCGAUAGCAAAGCGGACCUUCAUUCCAUAUGGAAAUAUACAGCAACAAUCUCCCACUCCCAGAGUGUAUUGUAAGUAUUGCUUCGCAAGGGAAGUCCUGCGACGCAGGACCUGCGUGCUUUAGUUUCUUCAGAAACGAAACGCCACACGACAUGGUCGCUUUUUUAUGAUGACUCGCGGUUCCGCUUUCGCAAAUUUUCGUUGGUGUGCACGUAGGCAUUAAUAAUAUUUGCUUGUUUUUUGCAGGAGAUCAUCCUGCAAGAUGGUGGAAGAGGCGCUCUUUUGCGUCCAAUAUCGGUGUUUACCUACACCAAACAUCGAUGACAUCCUGUAGGGCUGGGACUGUUUAUUUCUGUUCGAUAUUCCGCGCUUGAGGACUUGAACCUGAAAAACAGUGACAUAUCAAGAUGAAACGUGCUCCUUUUCCAGACAGGACAGUAAGUGUUUGCACCCAUUGGUUGCCAUACCAUCUUACAAAGAAGAAGACUCGCAAAUGCAAAAAGCUUUGGCAGACCAAAAUGCAGUUGCACGCUGCCACACAUCGUCACUUGCACUUUAGAAUUUUUGGAAGUGGAAGAUUCGCUUGCGCCCGCGUUGACGUUGAUCAAGAAUUGGUGUCGUGGUAGCAACUGUCGUCGUGCACUUGUAAAUUUGCAGAAGAACGCACAAGACAAGUGCAACAUAGAUUAUGUUGACAGACAUGCAUCUCAGGCUCUCUGAGGAAAGAAAUGCGUUUCAUCACGAUGCAAAAAAAUGAAGAUUCUGAAAUUAUUUGACGACACGCAGCCGAAGCGGCAGGCGCCACCCCGAACCACGUAUCAUAAAUGGAAAGCUCCCGCCACACCAGAGACAUCGCACCACCACAUAGCGAAACGAACUUUAUUUGUCUCUAUUAUGCAGAGCAAGCUGGCUGGCGAUUUCAAUUUCUCCAAGGAUGCGAAUCUCUUUUCGCAAGUUUUAGGCCCCUUUGUAAUUUUAAACUUUUUGUAACUAGAGGGGCGCAGCACUAAGCAUUUGUAUUACAGAUUAUAUUGCUUCGCAAAAAAU